AUGCAGGCCUUGCUGGCCAACAGAAAACGCUCUUCUCGGCUGGAAGCCAAGGAAAGACAGAAACAGGAGGAGGACGAAAAGAAACGGGAGGAAGAGGAGCGAUUAAGGGCACAUGGUGCAGAGAUGCGGGCGCAGAAGCGCAUGAAGCUCAAAGAGGAGAUGUAUCAAGCAUCCAGGACAGAGAGGCUGCAACGGAGACACCGGGAAACUGAGUCAUCAGAGCCGAAAGACGUGACUGAGGAGGAUACGAAACAGAGUGCUAAGCCGAAUGUUCACGAGGCGCAUGAUAAUGCUAGUGACGAUACAAUAGAUGAGCAAUCAGAAGGCCAAGAGUCAGCCGCACAGUCGCCCAUUGUGGAAAGAGCCACCAUUGAGGUCCCCGGCCGUAUCGACGCGGCACAACAGAGAUAA